AUGACGACUCCGUUCCCUCUCCUACACCUUCCAAGACUUGCAUUGAUACUUGUUUUUCAACACAUGGGGCAGCGUUAUUCAAUGCACGAAAUACUCGCAUUCUGUCACCUCUCCAAACGAGCAAGAAGUGUUGCAAAGUGUCUCAAAUUGAUUUCUCCCAAAUAUUUCGUACUGAAUCAACAUGCUUCGUCUAUGGAGAUCAUUCUUUAUUUUAUGAGACAUCCAACAGUCAGAUUAUGCUAUCGGAAGGAAAAGGAUUCAGUGACACUUAAGAGCGAAGCAACUGCAACUGCUUGGACCAACAUUGGAUUUACAGUGGUUGAAUGGACUAAACGGAUGUUCGAUGUGUCUAACUGUGAAAAAUUCGAGACUGUGAUGCUCCAUAAACCACCGGAGUUUGAUGAUUUCUUCUUGAUAUUUUCUGAACAUCGUCGAAGAAUUGGUAAGCUGAUUCUCUACCCAGUCAGUACCGAUAGUUUUACAAAGCAAGUUGUGGAAACUCUUCUGCCAAUCACUUCAAACAUUUCGUUCUACAUUUCAAAAGACUCAUUCAAAGAUCCCAAAGAGCUCCGGAAAAUCUUGAGUCAAGAAAUUGAUUCUAUGGAGAUCCAUGUUCGUGGUUCUCCUUUUUCCUUAAAUCUGAGUGACCUUAUCACCUCAAAUGCCGUAAAACUCUUCUUGAGAGGUCUGACGUUAACUCAAAAAGAACUAAACGAAUUUUUCAAGAUGUGGAAGGAAAACAAGUGUAAUCCACGACUGGAAUAUCUGACAGUUCUGCUAUACGAAGAAGUCUUUGAAGACGCUAUACUCAGUGGACUGGAUGCGGUUAAAGUCCUUAAUGGGAGUCCAUCCAGAUGCAGUAAUAUUGGUUUCGACAAAAUCGCGGGAUUUGAUAUCAAGAGAAUCGAUGGAAAGAUUGGAACUAUCCAACUUGGACUCAAUUUUGUUUACUUUUAUGUUUGGUCGUAA